GCCGCCUUUACAUAUAACAUACACACCGCCGCCUUUACAUACGCACCGCCUUUUCAGGUAACAUAUACACACACCGGCCUAUAACAUAUAACAUAUACAGCCGGCCGCCGGUGCGAAACUAUUCUGAUCAAUCUCUCUGUCUACAAGAAAUUACACACACAUACGCACACAAGAAACUAUUUUGUGAUAAAUCUCUCUGUCUACAAGAAAUUACAGACAUACGCAUACAAGAAACUAUUUUGUGAUCAAUCUCUGUGUCUACAAGAAAUUACAGAGACAUACGCAUACAAGAAACUAUUUUGUGAUCAAUCUCUGUAGAGUUUCGAAGCAUAGACAUAGACAUGGCAGUGAUUUCCAAGAAAACCUAUUUGGGUCAUCGCAUCAAAAGAAGAAAAACAUCAGCAUCAUCAACACCACCGAAUUGGUCUGGACUCCCCACUAACUUGUGGAAGUCAAUCCUGAACAGAUUGUCUGUGGUCGAUUUGCUUAGCGCCGGAGCAGUGUGUCGUUCUUGGUGCUCUGUUGCAGAAGCCAUAAAAUCAUCUCUAGAGAGUCUCCUAUUUGAUCAACCGUUGCUCUUGCUUCCUGGUCCAGAUCAUGGCAAAAAAAAUAGCCCUUGCUUAUACAAUUUUACAGAGAAAAAAGUGUACAAGCAGAUGAUGAAUAUUCCAGAACACUUGGGUAAUUGCAAAGGAUCAUCCCAUGGGUGGCUGAUUUUGUUGGACCAAGAAGCAUUCCCCCAUAUCUUCAAUCCAUUCUUGGGGGCUAGGAUUCAACUCCCUCUUUUUGAAGUUCGCAAAACAAGCCUUCAUUGCUUCUUUGUCCGGGAUAUUAAGAAAGUUGUACUCUCAUCAGACCCAAUUCAGAGUAAGAACAACUACUGGGUAGGAGUAAUAUAUGGUGUAAUUGAUCCCAAGCUUGCCUUUUGGAAGUAUGGAGACAGUGAAUGGACUGCCCUGGACGGUGCAGAUCAUGCCUACUGUGAUAUCAUUUCUCACCAUGAUCAUAUUAUUGCUUUGGGUGAAACAGCUUCAGUUGAAAUCUGGGAUUUCAAUAAUUCUGUCCCUGCAAAAAAGAUGCAGAUUGAGCCUAUUUUUCCUGAGAAAAGGGUGGAAUUUGAAAAUUCUCUUGGAGAUGAUCUUUAUACCAUUCAAAGUUACAUAGUGGAAUCAAAGGGUGAUCUGCUGCUUAUUGUGAGGUAUAUUGGGAAUCAUGUUCGCUGGGACGGUGUAGUUGUUCAUGAGGCAGACCUUCUUGAUGAAGAGAACCAAUGCUGUAUUUGUUCUCACUUGACAAAGCUAUUUCAUGUUUACAAGCUGGAUUUCAGUCAGAAAACAUGGGAACAACUGGCAUCAAUAGGCGAUGAUCGCGUGCUAUUUUGGGUCGGAAUCAAUCUGUGUCACAUUCAGCAAAGGGUUUUCCAUCUUGUAAAGGGAAUUCGAUUUACUUCACGGACAAUUACUAUUGUGAUCAUUUGGGUGAGAAUGACAUGUAUGGGCAUGACACGGGCAGGUUUGACAUGGAGAAUCAGAGUAUAGAAGUGAUUAAUGAAGAUGAAGAUGAUUGGCAGAAGAUUCAACCAGCACCCAUUUGGGUUGUUCCUAAUCCAUGCUACUAGAGACAUCCAAAGAUAGAAUUUAGCAGAGUAGUUUCUUCCUAUUUUUGUAUUCUUAUAGGCUACAAAAUUGUGUAUUAAUAAAUUUUUGAAUUGCAUAUAUAUAUUUUUUAUUUUGAUUUGAUC